AACGAUUUUGUCAAAAAAUCAACCACGGCCUUUUUGGCGCUGUUAUCGCGCCGCUCGCCGCCUGCGCGGCACGGGGCAGCCAUAUUAAACCAUCACAUACGCGACGCGCACCAAGCAGCCAAAAUCUCCGAGGAAUGGCGACAAACAAACCGAGCGCUGCCGAUUUGACGGCACAGCUGCCGCGAGACACGCUAGCGUGUCUUGUGAGCCCGUUCCUGAUUUGUGUGGAUCGCGUUACCGUGUCACACGCGGACAAGGGCUGGCGUGCCGCGCUGCGCGCGCCUAGAUGGGGGAUGACCCCGUGCCGCGGCGUCGGCUGCGUGCGCGAGGAAUGUGUGGGUUGUCACUGCGUGGACAUGCGAAAGCCCGGACCGGCGCUGCGCGCGCUACCCGUGCUAGACACCUACAAGCCGAACCCCGACGAUUCGGGCGCGCCCGUAGACGAGGAGGGCCUCACGGAAGCGCUGCGCGACUGGGCACGCGUCCACUUGCGCCCGCUACUGAACCGGCCGCUGACCAUGCUGAAGCUACCAAGCAUCGCGCGCCCCGCGGUGAUUCUCUCGUACCUGAAGGAAUUGCGCGCACAAAUCACCGUCGUCUACUUUUCGUCUCGUACGGCCGAAGAGCCCGACUCUUUUCAGACCAAUUUAUUUCUUCUGUCACACGGCGUUUUACGGCCCAAUCAGGCGGUGAAUCUGCCGCCGCAGCAAGGAAUUGCGGCCAUUAUUGUCGGCGACGACUGGAGCGAUACUGCGUGGCCGCCUAUUCUGAAGCACGUCCCUCGCCUCCAAUACCUCUCGACGGCCUACGGCCCGACCAGGUCGGACCUGGCCGAGGCCCUCGCCCUCGUGCCGAACGUGCGGUUUCUUGAUGUGGGCAGGUAUGGAGGGAUCUUGAAGUUUUGCGAUGACAGCGGGAAGGUCCACUAUGAUCAUGACGGUUACAAGAAGCUCCUGCGGCACGCGGGAAAUAUCGAGGUCCUGCGCUGCAGCGAGGGAAUCGCAUUCCAGGUCCACGUCGUCCAAGCUCUGAAGCGGAGCUGCUGCCCGCGCCUCCGAGAGGCCCACGUCGACGAGUUUCAGCUCGGAUCUGCCGACGGCCGCAGGUUCCCCUGGGACAACGACAAACUGCCAAUUCUCAUCCCCGGCUGCGACGGCGUCAUCUGGAAGGACCCCAAAGGCUACUGGAAGGAAUCUACACCGCAACCGCCGGCGGGCGGCGACGAUUCCUGACCAUGAUCCUGAUAACGACUACACGCACCCCCCAGACACCCCCACCACGAAGAAGACCCCAAGAGUAACGAAAAUAGAUGAUAC